CCGCUGCGGUGGGCAUCGUCCUUCUCCCAGGCGGGCCCAACGCAGAGCGAGCCCAGCGAGGGACAGGUCUUCCUCAGCGAGAGCUGCGUGAAGAGGCUGCUGGAGAUCACAGAAGGGUCAGAGUUUCUCAGGCUGCAGGUGGAAGGAGGUGGCUGCUCUGGAUUCCAGUACAAGUUUUCCUUGGACACAGUCAUCAAUCCUGAUGACAGGGUAUUUGAGCAAGGUGGUGCCCGUGUGGUCGUGGAUGUGGACAGCCUGACUUUUGUGAAAGGUUCCAUGGUGGACUUCAGCCAGGAGUUGAUUCGCAGCUCCUUCCAGGUGGUGAGCAACCCCCAGGCGGAGAAGGGUUGUUCAUGUGGAACUUCCUUCUCUGUCAAAUUCUGA